GAGGGAUUUUCUAAAGUGGUGUGUACGUAAUAAUUAAGAGAGCAUUACGAUAUAUAUUUUAAAACUAUAACGUCUCUGUUUCUUUUCCUUUCCUAAGAUAACUUUUAAUAAUCAAUCAAUAAAGUUUAUAAUCUGAACAGAACACGGGGAUCUUUAGCACACCCAGUCUGCAUAAAUGGGGAAACAGCUGUGUGUGUGUGUGUGUGUGUGUUUCCUGGCCAUAGCAGGAAGUCAGACUGUUGAUCUCAUCAAUGGCUCUCACAGUGACAGAACCAUGAGCGACCCGGGGGCAGUGACUCAGUCCUUGAACGAGACCAAGUGUAAUGUCUCGACUCCCUACAGUCAGGUGGACACGUCGGCCCGCCACUUCUUCCUGAUGUUCCACAGCCUGGUGUUCCUGGUGGGACUGCUCCUGAACGGCUUCACCCUGAAGGUGUAUUUCUGCCAGGCUCAGCAGCAGCAGUCCAGCACCGUCACCGUCUACCUGAAGAAUCUGGUGGCCGCCGACUUCCUGAUCAGCCUCUGCCUGCCGCUCCGGAUCCUGAACUACGCCAGCACCUCGGUCCCCAUCCACCUGGUCUACUGCAACUUCGGGGCGUCCACCUUGUACCUCAACAUGUACGCCAGCAUCCUGUUCAUGGGCUACAUCGCAGCCAACAGGUAUCUGAAGAUCGUCCAUCCGUUAGGAACCCACGUCCUGCAGACGGUGCGAGCCUCCCACAUCAUCUGCACGCUGACCUGGCUCUUCCUCUUGGCCACGGUGAGCACCUACAUCACCCUGUCCCUCCUCACCCAGGGCCACUUAUCCUCUGUCCCCAGUAGCCUGAGCUGUGACGACAAUCACAGCGCACUGCUCAGCGCCGUCUACAAGUUCAUGCACUCGUGCUCCGCCGCCGUCUUCCUGCUCGUCCUCGUCUCGCUGGUCUUCUUCUACUACAGCACCUCCCGCCGCUUGUCUCUGGCGCAGCAGAGGCAGCCGGCGUCCUCCACCUCCAAGAAGUUGGCCAAGUCUCGCAGGAACAUGUUGGUGCUGGUGGUGGUCUUCUGCGUCUGCUUCGUGCCGUACCACCUGGUGCGCCUUCCCUACGCCUUCCUGAGGGGCUACUCCUGUAGCCAGACCUUCUUCUACCUGAAGGAGGUGAGCGUCAUGCUGUCGGUGCUCAACGUCUGCUUGGACCCGCUCAUCUACUUCAUCUUCUGUAAGGCCUUCCGGACGCAGCUGAACCUGAAGACGGCGUUCAGCCUCACGACGGCGCCGACGCGAGCAGAGAACACCAAGAGGAGGAGCAGCGACGGGCAGCUGAGCACCAUGAAGUUCAACCGGAAGACUUCCCUCACAACCACCACCAAGCACAACGACGUGCUGUAGCUUAGACUAAGACUCAGUGGCGGUUUCACUGAGGGGG